AUGGGGGAAAAACAGACAAGCAACACUGGAGCCACGGAGGCUGGGCUGGGGGAGGGACGAGGAGACUGGAGCUACCAGACAGGGAAGCUGGGGGAGGGACGAGGAGACUGGAGCUACCAGACAGGGAAGCUGGGGGAGGGACGAGGAGACUGGAGCUACCAGACAGGGAAGCUGGGGGAGGGACGAGGAGACUGGAGCUACCAGACAGGGAAGCUGGGGGAGGGACGAGGAGACUGGAGCUACCAGACAGGGAGGCUGGGCUGGGGGAGGGACGAGGAGACUGGAACUACCAGACAGGGAGGCUGGGCUGGGGGAGGGACGAGGAGACUGGAGCUACCAGACAGGGAGGCUGGGCUGGCGGAGGGACGAGGAGACUGGAACUACCAGACAGGGAGGCUGGGUUGGGGGAGGGACGAGGAGACUGGAGCUACCAGACAGGGAGGCUGGGCUGGGGGAGGGACGAGGAGACUGGAGCUACCAGACAGGGAAGCUGGGGGAGGGACGAGGAGACUGGAGCUACCAGACAGGGAAGCUGGGGCAGGGACGAGGAGACUGGAGCUACCAGACAGGGAGGCUGGGCUGGGGGAGGGACGAGGAGACUGGAACUACCAGACAGGGAGGCUGGGCUGGGGGAGGGACGAGGAGACUGGAGCUAUCAGACAGGGAGGCUGGGCUGGCGGAGGGACGAGGAGACUGGAACUACCAGACAGGGAGGCUGGGCUGGGGGAGGGACGAGGAGACUGGAGCUACCAGACAGGGAAGCUGGGGGAGGGACGAGGAGACUGGAACUACCAGACAGGGAGGCUGGGCUGGGGGAGGGACGAGGAGACUGGAGCUACCAGACAGGGAGGCUGGGCUGGGGGAGGGACGAGGAGACUGGAGCUACCAGACAGGGAGGCUGGGCUGGGGGAGGGACGAGGAGACUGGAGCUACCAGACAGGGAAGAUGGGGGAGGGACGAGGAGACUGGAGCUACCAGACAGGGAGGCUGGGCUGGGGGAGGGACGAGGAGACUGGAGCUACCAGACAGGGAGGAUGGGCUGGGGGAGGGACGAGGAGACUGGAGCUACCAGACAGGGAGGCUGGGCUGGGGGAGGGACGAGGAGACUGGAGCUACCAGACAGGGAGGCUGGGCUGGGGGAGGGACGAGGGGACUGGAGCUACCAGACAGGGAGGCUGGGCUGGAGGAGGGGCGAGGAGACUGGAGCUACCAGACAGGGAGACUGGGCUGGGGGAGGGACGAGACAGGGUAGGAAGAGUGGUUGGAGGGAAAAGGGGUAAGGACGAGGGGUGA